UUUCAACAUAAGGAGACAUGUCUGAAGUCCUUCAUGCAAGCACCAGCACUUUGGGACGGUGCAUGUGCAUCAUCACAGGAGCCUCCAAGGGAUUCGGACGAGCGCUGGCACACCUGGCGUCACUGUAUCUGAAGCCUGGGUCGGUCCUGCUGCUGGUGGCUCGCUCCCGGUCUUUGCUCCAGGAGCUGAAGGAAGAGCUGCAAAGCCUGAAAGAAUGCCAGGGCCUAACAGUUCACUGUGCAGAAGCCGAUCUGAGCAUCAGCGAGGGCGUGAAGGAGACGGUGGACAUAGUGAGACAGCACACAGAGAAUGAUAUAAAUCAUGUACUUCUUGUCAACAACGCUGCUUCUUUGGGUGACAUUUCACCCUUUGAGAGCUUCACUGACCUGGACCAGGUGAACGCCUACCUGUCUCUAAACGUUAGCUCCACGCUGGCGCUGACCGCAGGGGUGUUGCAGGCCUUUCCGCCGAGAUCGGGCCUGCGAUGGAGCGUGGUGAACUGCUCAUCGACGUUCGCGCUGCAGGCGCUACCUUCCUGGGUGCUGUAUUGCAGCGCCAAAGCAGCCAGGGAGAUGAUGUUUAGGGUGCUGGCGGCCGAGAAUCCCGGUGUCAAAGUGCUGAGCUACUCACCAGGUCCAAUGGACACAGAGAUGCAGGAGACUAUUCGGAGGUUGACAGGCGUCCAGUACCAUCUGUACCCAUGCAGGGAAUCCGCAACUAAACUGAUGAAGGUUCUUUUGGACAAUGACUUUGUAUCGGGAACACACCUGGAUUUCUUUCAGUUGUGAUCUCAAUAUGAUGUUAAAAUGCAUGCUAACUACAUGUCAAAUGCUACUAAAAGGUACUGUACUCAGUCUCGUAUGAUAGAUAUACAGACAUUACAUUUGAUUUGAUUUCACACAAUGCAACUGAAAGCCCACAAGACUAUCUCAGUGAUUCCAAUCUUUUGCGGGCCUGGUUAUAGAUGAUAUCAGGCCACAGCAUAUGUCCACAGUGAUCUCAGGCUUUUGGGGUCCUAAACAAGGGUUUGUUUGUGGCCCCAUUUCAAUCUUUAAAAUGACUGGUUUCCAAAAAUAUAACAUCUAGUUUUGUCUUUAUUUGAAGGUACAAUGCACAGAAACAUUAUGUUCUGCACCAGAUUAUAGCUAAAUAGCUAAUUUCCAUCUGCAGUCCCUGGCUACCUCAAUUAAAGCGAUACAAUGAACAUGCAAUAAAAGUAUAACAAUAAAAAUGAUACUAUAGC